UUCUUGGCUGUUAAUUUUGUUUUAGCCGAAAAUAUAAAUCCAAGAAUUGGUGAAAGAUUGGAAAAACGUCAAGGUCCAAAAGGAAAAGGAAAAACAACACCCGAUAAUACUAACACACCACCCGAUAAUCCUAACACACCACCCGAUAAUCCUGGUGUUCCUACAGAAACUACUACUACUAGGCGUGGAUUUAGACCUUCUACAUCUCCAAAUA